GUUUGUUGCUAUGUGUUACUUUAUAAUGUUUGUUUGUCGUAGUCGUUAACUACUAGAUUUGUUUUAGUUUCAAGAAAUGGCAAAAUAAAAAAAAAAAUAUUUGCGGUUUUAAAAAAGUAAAUGAUAUUUCUUCACAAAUGCAACUUUAAAAAAAGUUGAGAAGUUAGAUGCUUUCAAGAUUUGAGAUUAAAAAACAAGAGUCAACAAAUAAAAAUGGGUUCUGUUUGUUCCUCACGAAGAACACCUAUAGUAGUGACAGAAAUGAAACCAGAACAUAAUCAGAAUGAAAACCAGACACAAUCGGAAUCCAAUGGUCAACUAAAAAAACAUACACAAAAACAAGAGUCUCAAAAAAACGUCUCUUUUAAGAAUCCCUCAAUUGAUGAAGCCAUAGAAAGCAGCAACACUAUAGAAAGCAGCAACAAAAACUUAUUUCAAGAUAGCGAAGUUCAGGAAAACGAGGAAAAAAAACCUGAACAUGUAAAACAACAAGAAUCAAAAAAAAAAUCAUUGACAACUUUUACAAAUAAUAACUUUGCAGAAAAAGAAGAUAGCAAACUUGUUAAAGAGCAAGUUGAAACGUUUAGUUUAGAUACAGUAAAUAAAAAUGACAUGAAAAUAAAUCAAAGUGCUAUUUUACUCAAUGACUCUGUAAAAAAUCAGUUUCGUAUAUAUUCAAAAAGUUCUGAACUAAAAUCGGACAAAUUAAUUAUACUUCAUUUUAACGAUGUUUAUAACAUAGAACCACGCGAUGUGGAACCUGUUGGCGGUGCAGCACGUUUUGUAACUAAAGUGAAAAGUUUCCAAAACGAACCAUUAAUUUUAUUCAGUGGAGACUGCUUAAACCCAUCACUAAUGAGCAGCGUAACUAAAGGCAAACAAAUGAUUCCUGUAAUGAAUGCAAUCGGUGUAAACGCAGCCUUAUACGGAAAUCAUGAUUUUGAUUUUGGAGUAGAUCAAUUAAUUAACUUUAAACGAAAAACCAACUUUCCUUGGCUUAUUAGUAAUGUUAAAGAUAAAAUCACAAAAACACUUUUAGCUGAUGGUUUACGAACUGUUGUUGCUGAGUGGCAUGGACAUAAAAUUGGUAUUAUUGGGUUAGUUGAAGAAGAAUGGUUAGUAACUUUAUCUACAGUAGACCCUGAGGAUGUAGAGUUCAUUGACUUUAUUGAUUGUGCAAAAUCUUUGGUCAAGGAGCUAAAAGAAGAAGAAAAUUGUACAUUUAUAAUUGCAUUAACUCACAUGCGAGUGCCAAAUGACAUUAAACUUUUGGAAAGCGAUGUUGAUAUUAACUUAGUAUUAGGAGGUCAUGAUCAUCAUUAUGAAACAAAAGAGCACAAUGGAAAGGUAUUUGUAAAAAGUGGUACAGACUUCCGUGAGUUUACUGAAAUCGUUGUAGAUUUUUCACAUGGCAUUCAGAUAUCAACUAAAAGACACGAAAUAACUUCAGACAUUUCUGAAAAUGAAGAAGUAAAGGCAGAGUGCUUAAAGUUCAUGUCUGUGCUUGGUCAAAAAAUGGAACAUGAACUUGGAGUUGUAAAUGUAGAACUUGAUGGAAGAUUUUCAACAGUUAGAACAAAAGAAUCAAACUUAGGGAACUUUAUCUGUGAUAUUAUGCGUGCUGCAACACAAGCAGAUAUUGCUCUUCUAAAUAGUGGCAGUCUUCGAUCUGAUGCCCUUCAUCCUGCUGGUCCUUUUAAAAUGAAGGAUCUAUUUGGUAUAUUACCAAUGGUAGACAGCUUGGUGGUCAUUAAAGUUUCAGGUGAAGUUUUAUUAAAAGUUUUAGAAAACAGUGUUUCACAGUAUCCAAAAUAUGAAGGACGUUUUCUGCAAGUUUCAGGAAUUUCCUUUGUGUUUAAUCCAGAAAUGCCUGCUGGUGAAAGAAUCUGCAAAGAUACUGUAAAAGUUCAUGAUACUAUUCCAUUACAAUUGAAUCAGGAUUACACUGUUGUAACAAAAAUUUACAUUGCUAGUGGUAAAGAUGGUUAUGACAUGUUAGCCAACUGUCAAGUUAUUGUAGAUGAGGAAAAUGGUCCUGUCUUAACAACCAUUGUGGAAAAUCAUUUUGAUUCUAUCAGAGUGUUAAAAGGUGGGAAAAAAAGUAUAUCAGGACAUCGACAAAGUAUUGUAGUGAAACAUGAUGAAAACCAAUCUUUUAUGGAAGAACAGAGAAGCAGAUUGUGUCCUAAGGUGGAAGGACGUAUUCGAUUAGUCGGUGAACCAGAAAAAGUUUCUCCUGAAUAUGUGCGUCGUAAAUCAAAACUUUGCUGCCAGUACCAAAACAGCAAUAUGCCGUCAUUAGUAGUUGAAACAAUUAAAGAAAGUCCAGAAGAAGAAAGUAGCAAAUCGUUCUUUGUGAGUGAAAAAACUCUUGGGGAUGAUUCUGAUAUUGAGGAUAUUAUGCAAGGGGAUCAAAUGAGAGAGGACAUUGAUGAUAAAAUUAGACUUGAUUUAUGGGAAGCAGUUGGUAUUGAUGACUUACAAAAAGUUGAAGAAAUAGUUGGAAAUAGAACUUUAGAUUUUAAAUUUUGGACAAUGGAGAAGACUCUCCUUCAUCACGCAGCACAACACAACUCUGUUAAGUGUCUAGCUUACCUUAUAAAAAAAUCUAAUCUCACAGUUCAUGUUCGAGACCAAAUAUUAAAGAAUACACCUCUAUUUUAUGCUGCAGAACAUGGAUGCAAAGAAGCAGCUUUGAUAUUACUAGAUAAUGGCUCUAAGAUCAAUGCUAGGAAUACUUUAUGGGAGACUCCACUGCAUUUGGCUUGUGAACACGGCCAUGGAGAAGUCAUUAUAUUACUUUUGGCACGAGGAGCGGAUCGAUCACUAAAAAAUAAAGACGGAGAAAAGCCGAAGAUAUGAAAAAAAGAACAAAAGCUUACUUAAUAUAUUAUUUUUAAAUACUGUUAAA